GAGGCGGGUGCGUCGCGGAGCCCAGGCCGCGGCGGCCGCGGAGUAGCCAGCAGCCGCAUCGCGGGUCUGCGCCCAACCCCUGGUAGCCCACCCCGCGCCCCCUCCUCAGCCCCGGGCGCGCGCACGCCGGGGCCCUGCGGGGCUUGCCGCUUGGCUGGCGGGCCGCGGGACCAGCGCAGCGCUCCGGAGCCCCCGGCCCAGGCGCACACGGAAGUGUACAGCUCUGAACGGGCUUUGGAGAGUAGAGAAGAAAAUCCAGUUUGCUUUUUUGGGGGACAUUGGACAGCUGAAUAAAUGCAGUAUCUAAAUAUAAAAGAGGACUGCAAUGCCAUGGCUUUCUGUGCUAAAAUGAGGAGCUCCAAGAAGACUGAAGUGAAUCUGGAGGCCCCUGAACCAGGGGUAGAAGUGCUCUUCUAUCUGUCUGAUAGGGAGCCACUCCUGCUGGGCAUCGGAGAAUACACGGCAGAGGAGCUGUGCAUCAGGGCUGCUCAGGAAUGCUGUAUCUCUCCUCUUUGUCACAACCUCUUUGCCCUGUAUGAUGAGAACACCAAGAUUUGGUAUGCUCCUAAUCACACCAUCACUGUUGAUGAUAAGACAACACUCCGGCUCCACUACCGGAUGAGGUUUUAUUUCACCAAUUGGCAUGGGACCAAUGAUAAUGAGCAGUCAGUAUGGCGACAUUCUCCAAAAAAGCAGAAAAAUGGCUAUGAGAAAAAAAAAGUUCCAGAUGCAACUCCCCUCCUUGAUGCCAGCUCCCUGGAGUAUCUGUUUGCUCAGGGGCAGUAUGAUUUGGUCAAAUGCCUGGCUCCCAUUCGAGACCCCAAGACUGAGCAGGAUGGGCACGACAUCGAGAAUGAGUGUCUGGGAAUGGCUGUCCUGGCCAUCUCCCACUAUGCCAUGAUGAAGAAGAUGCAGUUGCCAGAACUGCCCAAGGACAUCAGCUACAAGCGAUAUAUUCCAGAAACAUUGAAUAAGUCCAUCAGACAGAGGAACCUUCUUACCAGGAUGCGGAUAAAUAAUGUUUUCAAGGAUUUCCUAAAGGAAUUUAACAACAAGACUAUUUGUGACAGCAGUGUGUCCACACAUGACCUGAAGGUGAAAUACCUGGCUACCUUGGAAACUUUGACAAAACAUUAUGGUGCUGAAAUAUUUGAGACUUCCAUGUUAGUGAUUUCAUCAGAAAAUGAGAUGAAUCGAUUUCAUCCAAAUGACAGUGGAAACAUUCUCUACUAUGAAGUGAUGGUAACUGGAAAUCUUGGAAUUCAGUGGAGGCAGAAACCAAAUGUUAUAACUGUUGAAAAGGAAAAAAAUAAACUGAAACGGAAAAAACUGGAAAAUAAACACAAGAAGGAUGAAGAGAAAAACAAAAUCCGGGAAGAGUGGAACAAUUUUUCUUACUUCCCUGAAAUCACUCACAUUGUAAUAAAGGAGUGUGUGGUCAGCAUUAAUAAGCAGGACAACAAAAAAAUGGAACUGAAGCUCUAUUCCCAUGAGGAGGCCUUGUCCUUUGUGUCCCUGGUAGACGGCUACUUCCGGCUUACAGCAGACGCCCAUCAUUACCUCUGCACCGAUGUGGCUCCCCCGUUGAUUGUCCACAACAUACAGAAUGGUUGUCAUGGUCCAAUCUGCACAGAAUAUGCCAUCAAUAAAUUGCGGCAAGAAGGAGGUGAAGAGGGGAUGUACGUGCUAAGGUGGAGCUGCACUGACUUCGACAACAUUCUCAUGACCGUCACCUGCUUUGAAAAGUCUGAGAUGCUUGGUGGCCAGAAACAGUUCAAGAACUUUCAGAUUGAGGUGCAGAAGGGCCGCUACAGCCUGCAUGGCUCAGACCGCAGCUUCCCCAGUCUGGGGGACCUCAUGAGCCACCUCAAGAAGCAGAUUCUGCGCACGGACAACAUCAGCUUUGUGCUGAAGCGGUGUUGCCAGCCCAAGCCCCGAGAAAUCUCCAAUCUGCUGGUGGCUACUAAGAAAGCUCAGGAGUGGCAGCCUGUCUAUCCCAUGAGCCAGCUGAGUUUCGAUCGGAUCCUCAAGAAAGAUAUUGUGCAAAGUGAGCACCUUGGGAGAGGCACACGGACACACAUCUACUCUGGGACCUUGGUGGAUUUCAAGGAUGAUGAAGGAGCUUCUGAAGAGAAGAGAAUCAAAGUGAUCCUCAAAGUCUUAGACCCCAGCCACAGGGACAUUUCUCUGGCUUUUUUUGAGGCAGCCAGCAUGAUGAGACAGGUCUCGCACAAACACAUCGUAUACCUCUAUGGCGUCUGUGUCCGAGACGUGGAGAAUAUCAUGGUGGAAGAGUUUGUGGAGGGGGGGCCCCUGGAUCUCUUCAUGCACCGGAAAAGUGAUGUCCUCACCACACCAUGGAAGUUCAAAGUUGCCAAGCAGCUGGCUAGUGCCCUGAGUUACUUGGAGGAUAAGGACCUGGUCCAUGGAAAUGUGUGCACUAAAAACCUCCUCCUGGCCCGUGAGGGCAUUGACAGCGAGUGUGGCCCGUUCAUCAAGCUCAGUGACCCCGGCAUCCCCAUUACUGUACUGUCCAGGCAAGAGUGCAUAGAACGAAUCCCGUGGAUUGCUCCUGAGUGUGUGGAAGACUGCAAGAACCUGAGCGUGGCCGCAGACAAAUGGAGCUUUGGAACCACCCUCUGGGAAAUCUGCUACAAUGGCGAGAUCCCCCUGAAAGACAAGACACUGAUCGAGAAAGAGAGAUUCUAUGAAAGCCGAUGCAGGCCAGUGACACCAUCUUGUAAGGAGCUGGCUGACCUUAUGACCCGCUGCAUGAACUAUGACCCCAAUCAGAGACCUUUCUUCCGAGCCAUCAUGAGAGACAUCAAUAAGCUGGAGGAGCAGAAUCCAGACAUUGUUUCAGAGAAAAAGCCACAAACUGAAGUGGAUCCCACACAUUUUGAAAAGCGGUUCUUAAAGAGAAUCCGUGACUUGGGAGAGGGCCACUUUGGGAAGGUUGAGCUCUGCAGGUAUGACCCUGAGGGGGACAAUACGGGGGAGCAGGUAGCUGUCAAAUCCCUGAAGCCUGAGAGUGGUGGUAACCACAUAGCUGAUCUGAAGAAGGAAAUAGAAAUCUUAAGGAACCUCUAUCAUGAGAACAUUGUGAAGUACAAAGGCAUCUGUACGGAAGACGGAGGAAAUGGCAUUAAGCUCAUCAUGGAAUUUCUGCCUUCGGGAAGCCUUAAAGAGUAUCUUCCAAAGAAUAAGAACAAAAUAAACCUCAAACAGCAGUUGAAAUAUGCUGUUCAGAUUUGUAAGGGGAUGGACUACUUGGGUUCUCGGCAGUAUGUUCACCGGGACUUAGCAGCGAGAAAUGUCCUUGUUGAGAGUGAACACCAAGUGAAAAUUGGAGACUUUGGUUUAACCAAAGCAAUUGAAACUGAUAAGGAGUACUACACAGUCAAGGACGACCGGGACAGCCCUGUGUUUUGGUAUGCUCCAGAGUGUUUGAUUCAGUGUAAAUUUUAUAUCGCCUCUGAUGUCUGGUCUUUUGGAGUAACUCUGCACGAGCUGCUUACUUACUGUGAUUCAGAUUCCAGUCCCAUGGCGUUGUUCCUGAAAAUGAUAGGUCCAACUCAUGGCCAGAUGACAGUAACAAGACUUGUGAAUACAUUAAAAGAAGGAAAACGUUUGCCUUGCCCACCUAACUGUCCAGAUGAGGUUUAUCAACUUAUGAGAAAAUGCUGGGAAUUCCAACCAUCUAAUCGGACAACCUUUCAGAACCUUAUUGAAGGAUUUGAAGCACUUUUAAAAUAAGCAUGAAUAACAUUUAAAUUCCACUGUAUAUCAAGUCCUCCUCUCCCCUAACAAAUAUACAAGCCAUUUAAAAAAAUUUUUUUAAUGGAAAAAGUUUGUAUUCUGUCUAAAAAGAUACUUGGGUAUGUAUCCAAGUAUAUAUAAGGCAUACUACGGUGUUUAGUAUGUGUAAGUACUUCCUCUUUAAAUUUGGCACCAGUAGCAUAGUGACAAAUAAUGACAACCAAAAUAUUAGAAAGCACUUAAGCACUCCUUUUGGAAAAAUAUACCACCAUCUUAUUUGGCUGGCUUGCCAUUACAACUGUCUAUCAGAAUGGGACUUUUCAAAACAAGAGGAGCUGACCAAAAUAGUCUCAAGAUCAUUGCUUUCUCCCAGUUGCCAGUUGAUCUGAAAUGUUUUUCUGGAACAUAAACAUAAAGAUCGAUGGACUCAGUUGAUACUUUAAUAUACCCACAAAUUUUAAUACCUAUACAGCGAUAGACCAAGCAUUCUUGAAAUACUAGAUACCAGUUAGUAUACUAUUGUUUCUGUACAAAGAUGAGGGUGUUCCUGUCACCAGUAGGACUUAAACUUUGUUUUCAGAGGCUUAGUGCCUGUUCCCUGGGUGGCCAGCAUUACCCAUUUUUGAGAAAACUGGUCAUACCCAUGGGGACGGCUGUGGAAUACUUUGCUGCAUGAUGUUAAUUCUUGAGAACCAAGCCUAUGCCAGUGCUUUCCUGAACAGUAUACUUUUAAUCAGAAUUGAUUCCAAGAACCUGGGUACUAUUAAACAUGCUCUUAGGAAACGUCAGUGUAUAGCCUUUUCUAACUUUACCAGUUUGGGGCAAGCUGUACCAGCAUUGGUUUGGGAUGCUCUAUGCAACCAGUCAGAGUAUAUACCACACUGCACUGUUCUUAGAGUGUUUCAAUACUUAGCAUUCACCUACAAAAGUCAAUCACUAUUUUGACUGUCAGUCUGUGGUGCAAAACUUAAAAGACCUAGCUUAAAGGCACCAUGGAAUUCAAGAUUCAUAGACAGUUUGCCUGGAGGUAGCUGUGUAAUAAAAAAGGUCUAAUCUUUAAUUCAGUGUGAACUGUAAGCUCUUUAUGACCAUGAGUCUGAAAAACUUUUUGUUAAUGAUGUCUAGCAUUUGUGUGAUAUGGUGUUCACCUUUUGAGCCUGAAAACUGCUUCAAUGGCAAUGAUAAAACUUGCCAUUUACAUUUGUUCAGUAAUCCUGUAUCACCAAGGUCUGUCUGUGUCAAACCUGUGGCCACUCUAUAUGCACUUUUUGUUUAUUCUUUAUACAAAUAAAGAUAAUAGAGACUCCA